AUGACUCUGCUCAAGCUGUCCCUCAUGGCCUUCAGCUUCGUCUUCUGGGCAGCGGGGCUGACCAUGCUCAUCAUCGGCCUCUGGGCCAAGGUGUCUCUGGGCAGUUACUUGGCGCUCUCGGCCAGCGGCUACCCCAGCGCCCCCGCCAUCCUCUUGGCCACCGGCGUCGCUGUCAUCAUCUGGGGCUUCCUGGGAUGCUUCGGCGCCGCCACGGAGCACCGGGGACUCCUGCGCGCCUACAGCGCCUUCCUGGCCGCCGUGCUGGCGGCCGGGCUGGCGGCCGGGCUCUCGGCGCUCCUGUACCGCCAGACCCUGGCGCAGGGCUUCCAGGAGGGGCUGCGCCGGGCUCUGCUGGCUUACGGGGAGGACGACGGCGUGGCGGACGCCGUGGACGCGCUGCAGCGCGCCUUGUCGUGCUGCGGUGUGGAGAGCUACCGCGACUGGCUGGGCUCGCCCUGGGCGCUGGAGCAGAACGGCUCGGUGCCCCUCAGCUGCUGCCGGGCCCGCCGCGGCUGCCAGCGCAGCCCGCCCGACGCGCGCAGGCUGCACCGCGACGGCUGCUUCGGAGCGGUGUCCGCCUUCGUCGGCAGCAACAUGCUCUGUGUUGCCACCGCUGCCCUGGGGCUGGCACUGCUGCAGCUGGUCGGCAUUGUGCUGGCCUGCCUGCUGGCUGCCCGCGUCCCUGCCCACCUGCUGGGCAUCACCUACCCUCGCUGAGAUCCCCCCACUCCUGCCCCUAGUCCCCUCUAGCUCUCUUCUUUCCCUCAUAACU